CCUGGAGAUGUCGUCAAAGAGCACUCAAAAGAGGAUGAAAAUGAGAUGGAACUAGAAGAAGAGCCGCGUCUCGUCCAACUUCCUGCUGAAGAGAAUGAGGAUAAUACGGAUGCAAAAAAGAACUUGCAACUGUUAAAUUUUCUGGUUCAAAAGUCUACCGUUUAUGCUACAAUCAUCGGUCAACGAAUAGAGGAACAGAGGGCGGCGCGUGCAAAGCAAGAGGAGCGAGCGGCCAAAAAGUCGGCCGCAAAGGGCGUGUCGGCGAAUGCGGCAGCUAGUAAUAAGAAGAGGAAGAGAGAGGGUGGAGAUCUCUUGAACGUGGACAAGAGCGAAGUCGACGCUAUGGCUGCCAAUAAAUUGUCCAAACUGGAAGGUGCCACGCUCAAAGAAUAUCAGUUGGCUGGUGUUCAGUGGCUGUCGACUCUCCAUGCCAAUGGUCUCAACGGAAUCUUGGCAUUUCUGGCACACCUACGAGAUAUGGGAAUAUGGGGCCCCUUUUUAAUCGUCUGCCCGCUUAGCGUCCUUCAUAACUGGAUUAGUGAAUUCACGAAAUUCGCGCCAUCGAUUCCCGUCUGCAUGUAUCAUGGUUCUCAAGAAGAACGCGCAGAAAUGCGAAGAACAGUUCUAAGACCACCAGUACUAGAUGGAAAAGCCGCGAGACCUCGCAAGCCGCUUCGAGGGAAAGGCAGGAAAUCAACCAGUAGUCGGAAAAAGGCAGAUUCAAGUGAUGAGGAAGAACUCAAGGAUAUGGAUCCAUGGGAAUUUCCAGUU